GCAUGUGACGGUUGGCACACCAUCCUUCGAUCCCACUGCUUAUCCAUUUAUUGUGUUGUCGAGCUCCGAUCCACACGCCCAGAAGAUUCUUCGAAUUUCGAGAGUGUACUGUAGGGAUGGGGCAGACGGGAGACGAGGAGCGGAGGACCGACGACGGCGUCGUGGUGGUGAACCCGAAGCCCAACAAGGGGCUGAGUUCGGCGGCGAUUGAUUGGCUGGAAUGGGCGUUUGUGAAGCUGAUGCAUGACUCCAAGCAGCCGCUCCACUAUCUCACUGGGAACUUCGCCCCCGUCGACGAGACUCCUCCUCUUGCCGACCUUCCGGUCCGAGGGGAUCUUCCGGAGUGCCUCAAUGGUGAGUUUGUAAGAGUUGGUCCCAAUCCAAAGUUUGCUCCUGUUGCUGGAUACCAUUGGUUUGAUGGAGACGGAAUGAUUCAUGGUAUCCGCAUUAAAGAUGGCAAAGCAACUUAUGUCUCCCGUUUUGUGAAGACAUCACGCCUUAAACAGGAGGAGUUUUAUGGUGGAGCAAAAUAUAUGAAGAUUGGUGACUUGAAGGGAUUUUUUGGACUUGUUUCAGUUUACAUGCAACAGCUUAGAAUUAAACUCAAUGUACUGGAUGUUUCCCAUGGGUUUGGUACUGCUAAUACUGCCCUAGUGUACCACGACAGGAAGCUUUUAGCAUUGAGUGAGGCGGAUAAACCAUAUGCUAUCAAAGUUUUGGAAGAUGGAGAUUUACAAACUAUAGGCAUGCUCGACUAUGAUCGAAGGCUACAACAUUCUUUUACUGCUCAUCCUAAAGUUGACCCAGUAACUGGGGAAAUGUUUACCUUUGGCUAUUCACACACACCACCUUAUAUCACAUAUAGAGUCAUAUCAAAGGAUGGUGUGAUGAGUGAUCCUGUGCCAAUAACUGUUCCAGAACCAAUCAUGAUGCAUGAUUUUGCCAUCACUGAAAAUUAUGCCAUUUUCAUGGAUCUGCCAUUAUACUUCAGGCCUAAGGAGAUGGUAAAGGAAAAGAAGUUUGUUUUCAGUUUUGAUACAACAAAGAAAGCUCGUUUUGGAGUUCUACCUCGAUAUGCAAAGAAUGAGCUCUUAAUCAGGUGGUUUGAGCUUCCGAACUGCUUUAUAUUCCAUAACGCAAAUGCAUGGGAGGAAGGAGAUGAAGUUGUUCUGAUCACUUGUCGACUUCAAAAGCUUGAUCUUGACGUAAUUAAUGGUCCCGUGAAAGAUGAUCUUGAGAGUUUUACUAAUGAACUGUAUGAGAUGCGAUUCAACCUGAAAAAUGGUUUGGCCGCGCAGAAAAAAUUGUCUGCACCAGCUGUUGAUUUUCCCAGGGUGAAUGAAAGCUAUACUGGCAGGAAACAGCGUUACGUAUAUGGGACAAUACUGGACCGUGUUGCCAUGGUAUCUGGAAUUGUCAAAUUUGAUCUACAUGCCGAACCAGAGACCGGAAAAGGACAGCUUGAAGUUGGAGGCAAUGUUUGUGGCAUUUUUGAUCUUGGACCUGGAAAAUAUGGAUCAGAGGCAGUUUUCGUACCCCGACAACCUGGUACUUCAUCUGAGGAAGAUGAUGGCUACUUGAUCUUCUUUGUUCAUAAUGAAAGCACCGGGAAGUCAGAAGUGAAUGUAAUCGAUGCAAAAACAAUGUCACUUGACCCCGUCGCUGUGAUUGAACUACCGAAAAGAGUUCCUUACGGUUUCCAUGCUUUCUUUGUGACGGAGGAGCAACUUCAAGAACAAGCAAAUCUGAAAGUGUCUUGAUCUUAUGAAGAUGAUGUGAGAAUUGGGCAAAAUGUGGUUGCCAUUGUGUAUAAUAAUUAUUAUUAUUACAAAUAAACUUCUGUAGCCACCCAAUGACAGAAUUUCGUGUUCAUUUCCAUCACUGAAACAUGAGAAUUGGUAUGAUAAUGUUAUACAUUCUUGAAGUAUUUGACCAAA